GCGCACUGUGGCCUAACAAGUACUCGUAUAAGUAUAGUGUUCGAACUUGUCGCUCGUCCAUUUUUCUUCAAACUGACUAAACAAAUCGCGAGCGCGGCUUUAUAUACCCUACACCAGAAGUACCUAGAAUGUUCUACAACAUUCUAGAAUAUUAUCGAAAAAAUUGAUUUUAAAAAGGAAAUGUUAUAGAUUUUUCUAGUGUGUCUCAUUACUUUUGUGCCAACCCAAUAUAAUUUGUCACUUUUGUACAAAUUUCUUUGUUCAUAAAACGCGGUACCUACCGCCAUCCGACCAACUUGCAUUCAAGUUUUUACGCAUUUAACGUAUUUAUUUUUCGACAAUACCAGUGUGUGAGUGCAUUUCAGGUUCUAUAAUUACGAUAUCAACCGAAUUUUAUACAUUUUACAUCGUUUUGCGUGUAAUAAAUUCAUAUAUUUUUUUCGUAUUAUACUCGCCAUUACCGUGCGCCGAACCAAGCUGUCGCGUCGCGAGCCGUCUCGAUCGGAGCCAUAACAUAAGGCUAGUUACACUCGACAUACAUUAACUUUUACAUUUUUUUAUGAAAAAUCGUAAUUGUUUUUUAUUACGUACAUAACAAUUAUUACUUAGUAUUUUCGUGCUAGGUACAUAUUUUCACACUUUUAGCAAUUCUUGUAUUUCAGUACAGAAUUCAAUUUAGCGGUUCUUGUAUUACACAUAGUGCCCAUUUUAGCGUUUUAGCAUUUUCGUGCUUUAACCACCUUAGCGGUCUAAGUGCUACGUACUUGUCUCACCAUCUAAGCUUAGCGGUUGCAAUAUAUACCCGGCUUAUAUAUCUAUAUAUAUUUAUUUUCUUACGUUUUAAUAUUUUGUUAAUUAACGACUAUCUUACAUAAAUAUAUAGAAUAACUUACAGUUUAACUAUCAACAAGCUUUAUAUUUAUAUAGGUACUCUAAAUAUUUACAGAAAGUGUUUAGCGUAACUUUCUAUUAUUUUUAUCAGUUAUUAUACCUCCCUACAUUAGAUUUAUAAAAAUGGAAAUCGAACAACUUAUUUUCGAGCGUGAUUUAGCCAUUAAUAGUAUUCAACGUACAGUGGAUUGUUCUGACAACGAAUCUGAAUUUCGUGUUCGUUCAAAGGAAUUAAAUAAUAUUAAAAAAUGUUUUUUCCAAGUUCAAAUUAAAAUUGAAAAACUUCAAGCAAAAGAUGGCAGUUUUAAUAAAGAUGAACAAUUAAAAAUACGAAAUCACUUUGAUACUUUAUAUUACAAUGUUCAAACUUUGUUGGAUAAUUUAAAAGAAACGCAGCGUAGACAGAGCGUCAUCGCUUCUGCAAGUGUGAAGCCGCCCUGUUCUUAUAACCGUUCACAGUGCAGCGGGCAUUCAUUCUCACACAUUCGUUUACCUAAACUUACACAUAUUGUUGGAAUAAUAAAAAGAAUAAAUGAAAGCAGCAACACACAUAACAGGGAGGAACUCUGGAAAACUGAUUUAUUGAAAGAAAAUACUUAAUUAUAUCAUCACUUCAAAACAAAAUAAUAAAUGAGUACAUAGAAAUAAAUUUGUGCAAUGCAUUGUUUAGCAUUGAUUUAGUCUGGAUUUAUACUGAAGAUUUCCCUCAUAGGUGAUAACCAAGCUCAGAUAUUGUUAAUCACAUGCA